AUGAACAUCACUCGUAUCAAGAUAGCACCAUUAUCCCCAGUGGUAUUCAUCUAUCUAUUUAUUUCUACAUGUACCACUUCUUCCAUUACGAUUAUUGCUCUCUCUCUCUCUCUCUCUCUCGGGCUAAAAAUGUCUCGGCAACGCCAAAGAGAAGCCAAGGAACGUGUCACAGUCACUGAUCAUAAAAGCAUUGCAUCGGUAAAUCCGUUCCGUGCUAAGAAUUACCAGCAUCGGACUUGGCAAGGCAGAUUCCACAACACAGUCACGAUCAAAGAAUACGACGCAUUUUCUUUGAUUUGGUGCUUUCUGUCUCUUACAUGUCACUCUCUUUCUUUUCCUUUCUCCCCCUUUCUCUCUCUCUUCUUCUAUUCCUUUUUGCUCAUUUCUAUAUAUUUGUAUAUCGGUCUUUUUCUGUUCGUUUUUCUUUCAAUCUUUAUAUUCCUUCCACACUGUUUAUAUUCCUUCCAACACAUACUCGCUCUCUCCCCCUCUCCCCUCUCUCUCCCCUCCCUCCCCAUCUCCCCUCUCUCUCUCCCUCCCCUCUCUCUCCCCUCUCUCCCUCUCUCUCCCCUCUCUCCCCUCUCUCCUUUUCCCUCUCUCCCCUCUCUCUCCCCUCCCCCUCUCCCCCUCUCUCUCCCCCAUCUCAUCCCCAUCUCCCCCCUCCCCUCUCCCCAUCUAUCUCCCUCCCUCUCUCUCCUCUCCCCCUCUCUCCCCCCUCUCCCCCCUCUCUCUUACGACAAAUUACUGUGA